ACAGCCAGCACCAGCAUCAUCCUCCUCACAGUCGAAGGCAGAGAGGAGAGAGAAGGUGCGGCGGCGCGAGCUGAGCCGCAGCCAAAAUAAAACCAACAAAAUAAAGAAGCAUCCAACCAGACGGCUACGUUCUACCCGUUCUGCCUCCACCCCUGGAGAGGAAACAACGGGAUGGUGACAACUUGUUCCUCCAGGAAAGAGUUGGAGUGCAGGAACUGACCCUGACGGCGCCACUGCCUCCGCUGAGGGUCUUUCAACCCCAAAGACGAUGCUCUCCUGUGGACAGAAGAUCACCUAAACCACGUUCUCCCUCCCAACAUGGCUGACGACCUCUACAGUAGCACCUUCUCUGCUUCUGAGCUGGACUUCUCCUCCUCCUCCUCCUCCUCCUCAGCAUCCGCUUCCUUCCUCACUCUCGAGCAGAGGGCCGCCUUCGUCUUCGUCCUCAUCCUCUUCAUCUUCCUGGGCCUGUUGAUCGUCCGCUGCUUCCGAAUUCUCCUGGACCCCUACCGGAGCAUGCCGUCCUCCACCUGGACGGACUACAUGGAGAAGGACACCUUCGACUACAGAAUUUCCUGACAGGCAGCUUGAGAGGCAGCAACCCUGGCAACCAACAGGUUAAACUGAGGUGACGAUCCCGCUGAAGCAGAAACAUGAGCGCACACACCCCCCACAUGGUGGAAUACAGGAGUUACCAGAACAGUUGAUUUGGAAACGCUCCCUCCAGGGCAGGGAGACAACACAUUUACAGCCUUCGGUCUGACAAAAUCAAACUUUCUCAAUUCGACUUU